UGCCCCUCCCCGCAUCCAACCAAAAAAAAAAAAAAAAACCCUCCCUGCCCCUUCCGUCUCUUCCCCCCUUUCUCCGCCUCCACCUCUGUCUCCUCGGGAGACGCGAAGCGGCGGCCCCCGUGAAUGCCGAUGGCCGCGGUCUCGCGGGAGGAGGUCCCCUGCGGCGAGGCGGGGGUUAGUAGUAACGCGGAGAAGGAGGAGAGGGAGAGGGCCGAUGCCGAGUUGAGGCACUUGCCGGACCGGGAGCUGCAGGAGAAGAAGCAGCGCUUGCAGGGUAUGGUCACCAGCGGCAUACGCCUCCCUGACGGCGGCAGGAAACUGGAGGCCACGAUCGAUGCCAUAGACCGGGAGCAAGACCGCCGCCAGGCCCGCGGCGGCAUGGCACGAGCGACGGGUGGAGACGGAUGUGAAAGGAUAGUCCGAUCAAGGUGUGCCGAAUCAUCUGAUACAAUGAAGGCAAGUCAUCGCCACCGUAUGGAUCAAGUAGGGAGAAAGCAUGGCUCUGGUUUUCCCAGUGACCCCAAUAGAGUAUCAAAGGCUGAUUUCCAGUAUUCAUUUGGGAUGGAUGAAAAGGUAGACGUCGACAUAUCUAGUUUGGAAAUAACAACUAGGAGCCGGAAUAAGCCUAACACUUCCAUAGAGAAUGAGGGAAAAUUGUGCAAAGAGGAACAUUCUUGUAAACCAUCUUCACUGCCAACAAAUUCAUUUCAUGAAGAGAUGGAUGUGGACACCUCAUCCAAUGUGGAGAAGAUAUCUCCUGAUGAUGCAUCUAAUAACAAUGGCCACAAUGGGAUGUGUGAAGCUGCUCCCACACCCUCUCGUAAAAGGAAAGGAGCUGAUCCAGCUAACUUUUCAAUGCGAUUGAGAUCAAGAAAGGAAGAGGUGGUUGUCCUGGAUGGAGAUGCACCCCAUCCAGAUUCUGUUGAAGAAACAUCCAAUAACUGGGAUGCAAAGAAGCUAUACUAUCCUUCAAGGGAACACCCUAAUUCUGUUGAGAUAUCUUCUGGCGACAUCAGAUGUCUCCAGCCUGAAUCAUUGCUGUCCUCACCUAUAAUGAACUUCUACAUUAUGCAUCUGCAGGGGCCAAUGUUAUCGAUUAUUAGACCAAGAGGCGAUUAUCACAUUUUCAACACAUACUUCUUUAGAAAACUUGAAGCCAUGACAUCAAAGGAGGACAAGACCACUUAUUUUUUGAAGUUGAGAAGAUGGUGGAAGGGUAUAGAUAUAUUUGAAAAGGCAUAUGUAUUGUUGCCUGUGCAUGCAGAAACACAUUGGAGUCUCGUCAUUAUAUGCAUGCCAGCAAAAGAAGAUCAAACAGGUCCCAUCAUACUUCAUUUGGAUUCUCUGAAGUUUCAUAGUAGCAGAUUAAUUUUCAAUGUUAUUAGCAGAUUCCUUAAGGAAGAAUGGAACUACCUGAAUGAGAAUGUUUCAUCAGCAGAAUGUCCCUUACAAGAAACGGUGUGGAAGAACUUUCCUCGUAAAAUUGAAAAGAAAGCAAUUGAGGUGCCGCAGCAGGAAAAUGAUUACGAUUGUGGCCUGUUUGUGCUGUACUAUAUGCAGCGGUUUAUUCAGGAGGCGCCUGAAAGGCUUCAGAAGAAAGAUCUUUCUAUGUUUGGCAAGCGGUGGUUUCGACCUGAAGAGCCAUCUCAGCUUAGAGGUGAAAUUCGCCGUUUACUCCAGAAGUGCAGGGAAGCCGAGCCUAAGACCUAUGCAACUGAGCUGUGUGUGGAGGCUGAACCCAAUGAUGUGACCCAGCCAAUGUCGUCGGAGCACCUGCAAGAGACAGUUGAUGCUGCUGCUGCAAAAGACCAUGCUUUGAUUGAAGUUGAAGAAACUUGUGGGAGUGACUGAUCUUCCAGAAACUUGUGGGAGUGACUGAUCUUCCAGAACAGGCUAACCAACUGCUGACUCUGGAUUUUUCUGUGGAGGGGAUAGAUCGUGCCUGUGAACAUUGCAGUCGCUAGGUCGUGGGCUUAUGUGCUACGUUAGGAGGAAACUUGAGGGUGCUUGUACAUAAUCCUCUACUCUUAGUGUUCGGAAAAUGCCGUGUAUUGUGUAUAGCUCAUUAGCGAAACUGGAAGCCCAGUUGCCCACUGCCUCGUGGACUGGGGUUCAGGUUCUCCCGUUUUGCAGAGAUUGCCGAUGGACUCCCGUUUCGGAAUUUCUGACUUUUGAAGACUGAAUGCUCCAAGCACGCCUAGUUAGCAAUAAUAUGGGCAUAAUAAUAAGUACACUCGUAUGCCCAAAGAAAAGGGGGGCCUGUGAGGCCAUUAAGUU